AUGAAGGGCGGUCUGAGAGACGACAAUAGAGAGUCUACUAAGGAGUAUGGGGUGGAAGAUGGUGUCAAAGGCUGCACUAAGGUCAGGGAGGAUGAAGCUCGUCUGACUGUGAGUCCCAGCAGCUCUCAGUUCUUUAAAGAAGACUUUGUGUCUCUGAGCUGUGAGGAGGACGACAGCUCUGCUGGAUGGACUCUGAGGAGAAACACCACCACAGAACAGAGGACUCAGUGUGGAGCUGACUGGGGAAAAGCAGCUGGUUCUUCCUGUGACAUCAGUGGCAUAUUCCCAUUGGACAGUGGAGUUUACUGGUGUGAGUCCAGAGAGGGAGGAACCAGUAACAGCAUAAACCUCACUGUCUCUGGUGGACCAGUGAUCCUGCAGAGUCCUGUCCUCCCUAUGAUGGAGGGAGAUGACGUCACUCUGCUCUGUAAAACAAAGACCACUCCCUCCAUCCUCUCAGCUUCUUUCUAUAAAGAUGGCUCCUUGAUCAAGCCUGAGUCUACAGGUCACAUGACCAUCCACCAUGUUACCAGGUCUGAUGAAGGCCUCUACAAGUGUAACAUCAUCAGUCAUGGAGAGUCUCCAUCCAGCUGGAUCACUGUCACAGGUGAGGAGCUUCACUUUGAUUUCAACUCUUAUUUCAUCCACAUGUUCAUCUGACCAAGUGAGAUUCUCU